GCACCGGAGGCCACGGGCAUCAUGCUGCGUGUGCUGGUGGGGGCCGUCCUCCCUGCCAUGCUGCUGGCUGCCCCCCCGCCCAUCAACAAGCUGGCCUUGUUCCCGGACAAGAGCGCCUGGUGUGAAGCCAAGAACAUCACACAGAUUGUGGGCCACAGCGGCUGUGAGGCCAAGUCCAUUCAGAACAGGGCGUGCCUGGGCCAGUGUUUCAGCUACAGCGUCCCCAACACCUUCCCGCAGUCCACCGAGUCCCUGGUGCACUGCGACUCCUGCAUGCCAGCGCAGUCCAUGUGGGAGAUUGUGACCUUGGAGUGUCCCGGCCACAAGGAGGUGCCCCGGGUGGACAAACUGGUGGAGAAGAUCCUGCAUUGCAGCUGCCAGGCCUGCGGCAAGGAGCCCAGUCAUGAAGGGCUGAGUGUCUACAUGCAGGGCGAGGACGGGGCCGGCACCCAGCCUGGCGGCCACCCCCAACCCAGCGGGCAGACCCCCGAACCCGAGGACCCCCCCGGCGCCCCCCACACCGAGGAGGAGGGGGCGGAGGACUGAGGGACCCCACUCUUCCUCCCCCCCGCCACGUCCCCCUGUGGAAUGCUGGGUCUCACACCCCCCCGCCCCCUGCCCGGGGAGGAGUGAGGGAAGAGGCUGAAGCCCCGCUUUGGCACUGGAUGGACUUGGAUUCGGACAUGGACUUGGCUGGCUGCCCGGUUGCCAUGGAGAUCUGCAGGGGAGGGGCAGAGUCAGGCUGCACAAUUUAAUAUAUUCACGGGUCGG